AUGAUGCAGCGGGUAAUCAACGGGGGGCAAGAGCCCCAAACUUGGGCAGAGUCAAUUCAGGCGUAUGAGCGAGGCAAGACACAUCUGCCAUGGAACCCAGCGGAUGUCCCACCUCCGACAUACGUGAAGCAAUUCGAUGUGUCGCGAAAGAGUAGGGAGAUGGACCCGGUGCUCAUGCGAUAUAGCCGCCAUCCUGACACGAGGACUUCCUACGAUAUCCUUAACCACGUUCCAAAGGAGAAGGCCCACUCUGUGGCACUAAUUUACCCCAACGACAAAGGGCCGGAGGUGCUGCCCCAGAAAGUGGUGACGGUGGAGGGGGGAAAGAAGCCCCACAGUCAUCUGAGACGAGACGUGGACGUCUUGAGCAACAGGUUCUUGGAGAAGCAUGAAGAGCGCAUGACCGAAGAGAAGCGUUUCCUCCGAGAGAGAGCGGAGGAAAAGUACCGACGCACGCACGACUACAACAUCAUCGCGGGAGCUUACUACGACCAGGACAAGGAGCGAGAAUUCGUCAAUUCGAGGGAAAAGCUCUUGACCAUGCAGGGGCGAGCGCAGCAGUACCGGUUGCCGCCUAGCAUACGGUAUGGCGAAGGGAACGGCUACAACAUCAUCAAUCAGCAGCCAAAGACAACUGUCGUGGACAUGACAUCAGCAUCCGUGCAGGACCGUGGACUCUCCAAGCGAACGCGCGGCCGCCAAACCUACGAGGACAACAUUCGCCAGCACGAGCGCGCCGCCGCAGCAAGCGAGCAACAAAUCCUCAACCGCCCUUCCCACAUGCGGCACGUCGAGGUGCUCCGGACUGGGCACAACGUUAUCUCCAACCAAGAUUUCGCGGGGCGCGAGGGAAAGCCACCCCCGCAGCCGCGCGCGAAGCCACCGAUGCCUGUCUGGGACAGACUUAAGGGGGAGCACGGGAUGCCGGAAGCGGCAGCGUUAGGGUCGAGGCCGACGGCGGAGACCAACGACGGAGGCCAACAGCAUGGAAAUGUGACCGGACUUGGACAGACGGACUCGAGAAACGCGGAUGGUAGCAGUGGCAGGUGUGGGGGGCAAGCACCUGCUUCUCCCGGUGGGGUUCCAGGAAACGAGCGACGAAGCAGUCGUCGUGAGGCGCCUCCGCUCCUGCGAGAAGGAAGCAGCGACAAUCGGGGACGGAUCGACGAUCAUGGCGGGGAGACCAACCGCGGCAUGAAAGGAAGGAUGUCGGCGGAGGUUGCAAUGCCAAGCACGAAGGCUGCCGUGCCUCCGUUGAAUCUUUCUCGCUCUUGA